UUAGAGCGACGGUGUGACGUGCGGGGAAUCCGAGUUCGCGAUACUGUGUACACGUUCGACGGUGGUGUGUUUUGACGUCGUCUCGAGCGAACAGAAGCGUUACCGAAAAGUGCAGCGACGGUACGAGGGCCCCCCUUUGGAGACACCGACAGUGGCAGCCGGCAGUUACGAACGUUCGUUAAUCAUGCGCGCGUAGAGAGUAUCAGUGGUACACCGAGAUUUUUAGGGGUGGAAUAGAGACAGCAGGGCAAGAGAGGAGACAGCGGAGCGACGCUUUUAAACCGAUGAGAUGACAGUGCUUUGCGUGCUGUGGGCAACCUUGUCCACCGUGGCAUCGAUCCUCGCCUGUUCCGGAUUUUAUCUGCCUUACUGGAUUCAGGGACGGCUGCUGGGAAAAGCGGACGCGUACUUUAGUUCCUUUCGACGGUGCAACUAUCCACGAAUAAGGGCGCCGAACGCUGCUCCCGAAAUCGUUUACGAGUGCGCCAGGUACUCCAGUUUCUGGGAUAUACCGAGCGCCUGGUGGCAGGCGAGUACAGUGACGAUGGGAAUCGGCGUCGCGAUCGCGGUGAUCGGCGCGCUGACCCUGUUGGCAGCCGCCUCCAGUUUUCUGCCACACAUACUGAAAACGCCCAAGCACACACGAAUUUUGGGCGCCCUGCAACUCCUCGCUGCAGUGAUGAUAUGCGGCGGCCUGGUGAUGUAUCCCGUAGGAUGGGACAACCGGGAGGUGAGGGAGUCCUGUGGGAAAGGUGCUAACGUAUACAAUCUCGGGAAGUGUUCCGUGUCCUGGUCGAGCCACCUGCUGGUCAGCUCCGUGGCGUUGUUGAUGCUGUGCUUCGGGCUGAGCUUCUGCGCUGCGCGACACAAGCCGUCCAACCCGCACACCGAUCCACUGCGCAUUUGA